CAGGGAUAUAAUACAUCAUGUAAUUAUGUUUCGUCUGCGCCAACUUGGAAUCCGUUGUCAAACUCAGAUCCUUGGACGAUCGUAUACUUCGAUUCGUCCAUUGAAGGUUCUCGGAAUCGAAACUUCCUGCGAUGAUACGUCUGCUGCCAUUGUAACGUCGGAUCGUCAGAUUCUCGCCGAGGUGGUCAAAGGUCAGCAAGAGAUGCACGAACCCAUGGGCGGGAUCGUACCGACACUGGCAAGCAGAGGUCAUUCCAGAAAUCUACCCGCUGUUAUUUGCGAAACCCUGGAUCGAGCAGGAUUGACCGUAGCUGAUUUGGACGCCAUUGCUGUCACUAGAGGCCCCGGCCUGCCUCCCUGUUUACCAGUGGGUCUGAAUGCUGCCAAGACACUGGCCGCAGUAUCCAAGAAACCAUUGAUUGGCGUCCACCACAUGGAAGCCCAUGCUCUCACUGCUCGUUUAACCACACCUCAUCCUUCCAACCUUCCCUCGCCCAUGUUCCCGUUCAUGACCUUGCUCAUUUCCGGAGGUCAUACAUUGCUUUUGACUGCGAACGAUCUUGGUGAUUAUACUCAGCUUGGCACCACACUGGAUAAUGCGGUUGGUGAAGCGAUCGACAAAACGGCUCGAUUACUCAAUUUGGAAUGGAUCAAAGGCCGUCGAGGAGGGCCUGGUGCCGCGCUAGAACAAGCUGCGCUUCAAGGUAAUCCCGAUCGAUACAUGGAUCGAUUACCGAUGCCUAUGCUGCAACGCAACAAAAGUGUCUGUGGGUUCAGUUUCUCGGGAUUAAAGACGGCGGUGGCCAGGCUUAUUGAGGUAGAAAAAGUGGUGGAUUUGUCCGUAUCUCAGGAUGUGAGUGACAUGGCGGCGGCAUUCCAGCUGGUGUGUAUCCGUCACAUUGAACAAAAGCUUCGUCUUGCCCUGGAUUUGGAAGUCGUGCAAAACAAAAAGCCCCUCACCGCGCUAGUGGUGAGCGGCGGGGUGGCUAGCAACAAGUUAUUUCGAUCGAGGUAAGUCCGCCAGCGAUCAAGGCUGCGUGGAUUAGCUAAGCUUCUUCUUUUUCAUGAAUAUUUAGAUUAGAAGCAGUUGCCGCGAGUUACAAUUUACCGUUGGUUUGUCCUCCUCCCCAGCUCUGUACCGAUAAUGGUGUCAUGAUUGCGUGGACAGGUGUGGAACGUUUGCAAGCUAACCUUAUCGAUGAUUAUACCAUUACCACUUUACCAAAAUGGCCCCUAGAAUCGCUUAAAUAUCGCGAUAGUUCCUAGUUUCAUUUGACAGCAACGAAUCCAUUUUGUAUAGAUUACAUAGACAAUGCGAAUAGCCUCAUGCAAUUGAAAAAUAUCAAUAGAUGUAAAUACUGUAAUAUCGCAGGCACUCUGAAGUAGUUGUUCUUGAACAUGUGACAGCUUGUGGAUGAUGGCCAAUGCCGG